UUUGCUCCCGCCCCCGGCUCCUCCCAGCAGCUCGGCAUGGAGGACCGGGGGGGCGGCUGGAGGGACCUGGAGAAGCUGUUCGAAGAAGACGACGGAGGAGAGGCGGCGGAAGAGGCAGGGGAGGCGGCGGCCGUUGCAGUUCCGAAGCCUGGAGCCGGCGAAGAGGCUGAGCGGGAACAAGGCGCGGAGGGGCCUCCCGAGUUGGAGUCGGAGUGGAGCUUCGUGGACAUGGAGACGGUAUCGCUGAGCGAUCUGCCCAGCGGGCUCAUCGCCUGCAACCUGCCUUUGGCUGUCUUCUUCGCGGAUGGGCCGUGCAGGACCAGAUUUGAAGCCCUUUUUAAAAAAUAUGACAAAGAUGUCACCUUUCAGUAUUUUAAGAGUUUUAAAAGAAUAAGGAUAAACUUCAGCAACCCAUUGUCAGCUGCAGAUGUUAAAAUUCGAUUGCACAAGACAGAGUUCCUUGGAAAAGAACUAAAAUUGUAUUUUGCUCAGUCUUUGCAUAUUGGAAGCCCCCAUUUAGCACCACCAGCUCCAGAAAAGCAGUUUCUGAUCUCACCUCCAUCAUCUCCGCCUGUUGGUUGGACACAAGCCGAUGAUGCUACACCUGCCAUUAACUAUGAUCUUUUAUAUGCAAUCUCUAAACUAGGACCAGGGGACCAGUAUGAACUUCAUGCUGCAACUGAAACUACUCCCAGUGUUGUUGUCCACGUGUGUGAAACCGAUGAGGCUCACGAGGCACUAGAAGAUGGAGAAGCUGCUAAGAAACCAAAACCAAAAAUUAUACAAACCAGGAGGCCAGACUAUGUGCCUACUUAUCAAAGCUGAACAACAUAGAGCUUUCAGGUGUUUCAAACUGGCAUGCUCAAGGGAGGCAUUGAUGAAAUGAUGAGUCACAAUUUUGAUGUCGUUAAGAGGCAGAAGCAGAAAUUCAAACAGAAAGAUACUUUGAGAAAGGGAAUAUCUUCAUUUGUUUGUCUUUAAGUGCUGCUCUUUGGCUCAUGAGACAGUUCUCAACCUGAAGCUCCUGAAUGGUUGUCCAGAAGAAUAAUCAAACAUGGUGACUUUGGAGUGAGUCCGUCUACUGUUUGUGCUUAGGGAGAUUUCCAAAUAUUCUAGAUUUCUGUUACAAAGCAGCUGGGGAUGCCUCUGCUCUGUAUGUGUAAUAUCCUAUGAGGAGUUAUCUAAUUCAUAGGUUAGAUGGUAUGGCUGCAAUUCUAAAAUACACUCAUCGGUGAAUUCAUCCUGGGAAUCAGCAGAACAAGUUACUGGGGGUAUUAGAAAUGCAGUCUGUAUAUGGCAACUAGUGAAAAAGACAGAAUUUUGAAGAAGUAGGAUAUUGUUAAUCAUUUUUAAUGUUAGAUUUUCUGCAUGCAUGUAGAACUUCAGAAGUAAGUUUCUUUCUAAUUUUAUGUUGUUGAGGAAAAUUUCAGAUACUAAUUUCUCAGCUGUCAUUCUGAAUUAUGUUUGUAUUGGCUUUCAUUUUUCAGUGGGAACAUAUGCUUAGUAAAACUCAUAAGUUUGGUGCAAUAUCCCUUUUUAAUGUUAACUGCCAAUGUAUGGUUUAUCUAGAAAAUGUAUAAAAUACUUGUGCAAAUUUUAAGUGGGUGACUGAUUUUAAAUUGUUCUAAAUGAAAUUAUUUAUUUUGGUUUAAACCAUCUUGACUUCUUUACUGAUCAGAAGUACAAGAAACCCGGAGACUAAUAUUGUUACAGUACGCAAACAGUGAGAGACUAUAAGUUGUAUUUUCUUAGUCACGAAUGUGUACAUUUAUAACUGUUGCUGUUAAAUGUUGUUAAUGGUGCUUGAGCACAGCUAGUGUGAUAACAAAUGUGAACUAUGGCAUUUGAGAAGAAUGGAGUGCCUUUUUUCAUUAAUUCUGGGGGAGGGAUGAUUGUUGUACUAGCUCAAAGCUUAGGUUGUUUUUUAUUGGCAGUGGAUGUUUGAUAGAGCUCUCUUAUGCUUAAGCAUCAUCAUCUAUGAUGUAAUUCCCAGUAUUUGAUGCAAAGCCACAAUAUACAUUUCUCAGUGCUUUGCUGUAGGAGCAGUGUUCUAGUAGCAGCUGCUAAAGUGGUAGCAGCAAAUAAUGCUUGAAUAAAGCUUAGGUGCACAGUAACAUCCCAUUUCAAGUAUUUCUAAGAAUUUCCUUUUAGAAUGGAUUCUUAACAUUAAAUUGAAAGGUUUUAAGAAUAAACAUAUUUCACAAUUUGUGAUGACUUAACCAUGGUGAUUCUUCUUUUUAUGAUGGUAAGGGAUUUCACACUGCUUGUACCAUUUUUGAAAUAAAAAAGCCUGAUAUUUUCAUACACAUGCCAGUAGCACUCUGUUUUAGGAGAAGAUGUUCUGUUAGUUUCAAAAAGAGAAAUUCAGUGACAGGUUUUCCAAGUUCUACCAUCCAUUUUAGAACAAAUGUAGCUAAUGCAUUAUAAAUAGCUAUAUAAAGUCAGCAGUACUGAAUGUACUAUAUUUGUAUUAUUCCUAUUUUGCCCAAAGUAUAUGUUAAAAGCUAUGACACUAAUGCAGUGCAAAUACAAAUGGAAUAGCCCUAUGUAUUUUGUUUUUGUUUUUCAAAGGAAAAUAAAAGUUUAAUAGACCCAGA